AUGCAGCAAAAAGCUAAUAAAAAUUAGUAAGUACACUCACUUAAAAGAAAAACUAAAUUUGACUUGUUUGAAAUUUGUAAACACGACUAUAAAUUUUAUUUCAACCUUAAUUAAUUAAAAUCUAUAUUUUUGACUAAGCAAGCAAAUAAAAAUUGA